AUGUUCCAUAGAUGGUAUUCAGACGCCUUGGCAGACUCUACAACUGGACAUAGCAUAUCGUCCGGUACUCCCGUGCAUAAUACACUUGAAAGUGAUAUCAUAACCGAAGAACAACGUGAGCUGGACUUGCGUCCGUUGUCUCUUUCUAUCUCCGAUACCCUCAGUCCCACAUCGUCCCUAAAUUCUCCCGAAUCUCCGUCGUCUUCACCGUGUCUUGCGUCACCAUCUACAAUAAGACGUCGGUUUUCCCUCUUCAGGAAAAAAGAAAAAGAAAAACGUUUCUCCCUGCCUUCUUCGAUGUCUAGUGAGGCUCCCCAACUGCCCUUGGACAACAAGGCCCUGAAGGCCGAAGAGAAGCGCCGGAAAAAGGAAGAGUCAAGGGCAAGGACUGAGAGACUCGCAGAACAGCUGAAGGCUAGAGCUGAAGAACACGCUCAAUCCGAAGUAGACCACAAUUCUACUAUAUCAGCGGAGCGAAGGAAUAAAGAGCCAAGUGCUAUGUAUGGUGGUAUAACCGGUGUAAUAAUGUAG